AUGACGGCCGCGGAGGUGUCAACAUCGUCGCACCUACGUGAUCGCUCCUCAGGCUUGGUUGGGGAUCAACCAGGCACUCCCGAAUGGAACAAACGGACGGCAACACGUGCAAUGCUUCGCGCCGUGGACUUUCAAGACGAGGACUUUGGUAAGCCGAUUAUCACCCUCGCAUGUACUCAUACGAAUGCCACACCGUGUAACGCACACAUGAAUGAGCUUGGCGAAGCCUUACAAAAGGAGGUUGAGUCCAUCGGGGGAAAGGCGUUUGUGUUUGGUACCCCAGUCAUUAGCGACGGAGAAACGAUGGGCACAUUGGGUAUGAGGUACUCACUUGUGUCUAGGGAUCUCAUCGCCGAUUGUAUUGAGACUAUGCACGAAGGGUACCUCGCAGAUGGUAUGAUCACUCUAGGUGGUUGUGACAAGAGCAUUCCUGGUGCACUAAUGCCUAUCCUUCGGAAUGACUCAAUUGGGGUCAUGCUUUACGGCGGAAGUAUUCUCCCCGGUCAUUUAGAUGGCAAGGACUUGACCGUUAUUUCUUCGUUUGAAGCAAUUGGCGCCAGAGGUGCUGGGAAGAUUGAUGAUAAGGAGCUUGGCCGCGUCGAGCGCAACUCUUGCCCGGGUAGCGGUGCAUGCGGAGGGAUGUUUACGGCCAACACGAUGUCAUCGAUUAUCGAAGCCAUGGGCAUGUCUGUCCCAUACUCAGCUGCUCACACGGCUGUCGACGUGAACAAUCAGCUGAGUGUAGACAAACUAGAAGACUGCAAGAGGUCUGUCGAAGCACUUUUCACUUGUAUGGAACGCGGGAUCACGUCAAGACAAAUCUGCACGAAAAAGGCAUUUGAGAAUGGUAUCACUGUGUGUAUGGCGCUGGGGGGUAGUACGAACGCGGUACUGCACUGUUUAGCUCUGGCUCAUGAGGCAGAAGUGGACUUAACGAUUGACGACUUCAAUCGAAUUGGGGACCGGGUUCCGUUGAUAGGGGAUUUUAAACCAUCUGGGACGUAUGUGAUGGCCGAUCUAGAAAAGAUUGGGGGCAUACCUCUGGUGAUGAAAUAUCUUUUGGACCAAGGAAUGCUUCACGGUGAUUGUAUGACAGUGACUGGCAAGACGAUGGCAGAGAACCUGGCCGAAAUUCCGUCUGGGCUACCGAGUGGACAAACGAUCAUUCGGCACCUAGAAAAUCCGUAUGCACCGCCAGGGAAGCAUUUAGUGGUCAUGCGAGGAAACUUGGCUCCUGAUGGAGCCGUGAUCAAGCUCUCUGGGAAGGAAAUCUCGCAACAUCGCGGACCGGCUCGUGUGUUUGAGUCUGAGGAGAUGGCGAUGGAUGCCAUUCUUACGGGACAGAUCGUGGAAAAUGAUGUGGUGGUGAUCCGUCAGGAAGGACCAAAAGGGGGUCCUGGGAUGCGGGAAAUGCUGUCACCGUCAUCGGCGAUUAUGGGGGCAGGACUUGGAAAGACGGUAGCGUUGAUUACGGAUGGAAGAUUCUCUGGUGGGACUCAUGGGAUUGUGGUCGGCCACAUCGCACCGGAAGCUGCUGUUGGGGGACCGAUUGGGUUGGUGGAAGAGGGAGACAUUGUGGUAUUGGACGUGGACAAGAGGUUGUUAAAUGUUGAAGUUGGCGAGGCGGAGAUGGAAAGUCGGAGGCAGUCAUGGACUCCGUACGUUAAGUCGAAUCCACGCGGCGUGCUGAAGAAGUACCGACAGCUUGUGUCAUCCGCGAGUAAGGGAGCAGUGACGCACUGAAAGUUUUUAAACAAACAGGGGACUUGCGUUGUGCAGACGGUGGACUCAAAGCUUUUAUGAUAGACAACAGAUUAACGGUGAUGAAAAGACGGACAGCCCACCCAGGCGGAACUGGAACUCGUUUUGUCCGGAGUACGCCUUGUCUGUAUGGCGUUGUCCUUUUUUU